CCUUUCCCUCCCGCACAGAGUGGCAAUGUGUAGCAAAGCGCUCCUAGCCCUUCUGGUCUAUGGCAUAAUAAUGCAUUGCAACGUCUACUGCUCACCCGCCGUUGGACUCCAGUACCCGGCGCUCAGGCUGGAGGAGGAGGUGUACGACGAGGACGGGAACACCCUGCAGGACUUCGCCUACGAGCAAGAGCCGCUGGGGGUGGCGGGGCCGCCGUCCGCGCUGGGCGAGGUGUACGCGCUGUACUACCCGCUGGGAAAGAGGCACACCGAUGGGAUCUUCAGCAAAGCCUACAGGAAAGUCCUGGGCCAGCUGUCCGCCAGGAAAUACCUGCACUCCCUGAUGGCCAAGCGGGUCGGCGGUGCCAGCAGCGGCCUGGGGGACGAGGCGGAACCGCUCAGCAAGCGGCACAUAGACGGCAUCUUCACGGACAGCUACAGCCGCUACCGGAAACAAAUGGCUGUCAAGAAAUACUUAGCGGCCGUCCUGGGGAAAAGGUAUAAACAAAGAGUUAAAAACAAAGGACGCCGAGUAGCGUAUUUGUAGCGAUGAGCAACCGCCGCUGCCGUGCGUAGUCCUGAGAGAGAGAGAGAGAGAUUGAGAGAGAGAGAGAGAGAGAGAGACCCAACCACCCAAACCCAAACAAAAGUCAUUUCCAAAGUGACGGAAAGACCGCCGCUCCCGUGUUCCCCAAACAUGUAUUUAUGUAUGAA